GUAACAAGUAAUUUAGGACGAGGAAAGAAGGUUCUAAACCAAGAAUCAAUGACGGAUUUUGUUAGUGUUCCCGGAUCAUUAAAUAUUGCAGCCUGGUCUAACCAAGAUUGCUAAAAAGUAGUUUAAAUUGGUCGUAUUGUACCCCAACAUUUGUUUUGCUAGAAGGAAAAUGGGAGAUCUACAAGAUGGUUUGUCCGUUCUUGCUUUCGAGAAGGACCCGCUGGAACUCACUGUUGAAGAUGUGUAUGACAUUUCAUACGUGAUUGGCAAGGACUUAUUAAAAAUCAACAGAGGCGGUCAGGAAGUGUCGGAUUUACAAUUCAAGAUUGUUCGUGUGUUGGAAAUGUUUGAAAUAAUGGUGAACAGGUAUAACCUGUCGCUGGAGGAACUCAGAAUGGAGCGAGAUAACUUGAAAAGAGAACUCGAUAGAGUUGUUGCGGAAGGUUCAAGUGAAAAUGUUCACAAUCAGACAGUCGGCACUGACAAGCUGGUAGUAGAUCUGAAGGACCCCAAUCGACCACGAUUCACUAUGCAGGAGUUAAAAGAGGUUCUACAGGAGAGGAAUCAACUCAAAGCACAGCUAUUUGUAGCACACGAGGAGCUACAGCUCUUCAAAAGUGGUGUUCUGCCUCAGCUGGAACCAAAUAUGGUAGAAGUAGACCUAGAGGCUCCUCCCCUCUCUGAACCCUCUUUUUCUGUUACUACAAAAGAAAAUGAAGAAAACAAAGAGGAGAAGACCACUAUUCAGAAACUGUUCUCAUUUAGAAGAAAAUGAUCAUCUUUUUAUGGUUGGCAUCUAAGAUGUGAAAUCAAAGAAUCCUGUGAAUUAAUUUUAAACCUUUUAUUGGUUGACAAACAUUUUAGGCUUCAGGGGAUCAGAAAUAUAAUUUUAAAGCUCAUCAAAACUAUAGACUCUCUUCUAUUGAAAUGGCAUUUUUAAAUAGUGGUUAAUGUUUUAAAUUAUUAAAACAAUUACCUAAUGAUGAUUACCUGAUGAUGAAAGAAUCAGACAUAACAGAUAUGUUUUAUAAAAUCAUUUUAUUAUCUGACCAUAUAUGAAUUUAUUAUAGCAAUUUAAGCAAUUUAAUUUCAUAUCCCUACUUAUUUUAUUAUAGGAAUUCCUAAAAUAUAAAUUGCAAAAUUAUUCAAAACACUCAAGAACUAAUACUUGUUGACAUAUAUAUUUUUGUCAGCAUGCUGCACCAGUAAAUUUUCCUUAUUAUUUAGGUCUAGGUUUUAAAACUGCAGUAUUUAAAACUGAGUAAUUUUACUUAUGUUGUGUUUUUGUCAGUGAGGUUGGAAUAUCAGAUAUAUAACUGAGCCCUUGCAACAACAAAAAAAAUAUCCAUAUACUGUUCUUCUGCAUUCUAUAAGUAAAAACAAUAAUAUAAAGCAUUAUUGCAAGUUUUAUUUUUAAAUGCCCACAUUAAUGUAAAAUGUCUGAUUACAGAAAUAAGGGAAAUGGAUAUGUUUUUUGGUUGCAAAGGCUCAAUUACCAACAGAUAUUUGAAUGAAGUAUAGUUAAAAACAGCAAAUCUACCCUUAUCAGAUUGUUUUAUCUUUAUUUUGGAACAGUGUAGUUGAAGGUUAUUGGAAAAAAAUAAGUCAAAAAUUGUUCUGUAUUAGCAUACUUAUGAUUAUCCUUCACAUGAUUAUAAGAUUGAAUCUGAAGAAUAAAAGACUGGGAUUUUCUGAUAAUAAUCAGAAAUAGUAAGUCAUUACAUUUUCUUCCUGAAACAGGAUACUUUAUUUUAUUCUUUUUUUUUCUAUCUAAAAGAUACAACUAUGUACUGACAUUUAGAAAUGAGCAAAUAUUCACAAUAAAACAAUGGAAAACUGAAUAUUUGUCUGAAUAAACAAAAAAGAGUAUGUUGACAUUAGUGUAAUGUACCAGUUAAACAGUGCUGCAGAAGUUGUAUGUUAUGAAUUUAUUAAAUUUGUUUGCCAUGUGAGGUAUGCAUGAUAGGCAACACAAUACCAGAGCAGGGUGAUGAGAGUAAAUGAAUUGUCCUUAGUUUAUCUAGUUGUGAUGUUACUCAUUGCACCAGAGUGCAUUGUUUAAUUCUGCAUGAGUGCUGUGUUGCAUAUUCAUUGAGAAUCUAUUGCAUGUGCAAUACUGUCUAAAAUAUUGUCUUUUAAGUCUUGACUCUACCCUAAUUGACAUUUGACGAUGCAGCAACCUUGCCGAUAAUCCAGUCUGUUCAGUUUUAAGCACUAGGAAAUUUAGUCCCAAAAUACAGUGUGUAAUACUUGGUUCUGCAUACAUCAUCCAAGCAUCCAGUAACAAAAUUUACAGUGCCUUCCGCAGUUUAAUUUACACACAUGGAGUCUUUAAACACUAUGUAUAGCUUGACACCAUUUGUACUGAUCCUUUCCCUUUUCUCUUAGAGGGAAGUGGUUUUAGUUCACUUUGUCUUUCUUCAUCUGCAACAGAAACAGCCAACAAACAGUGGUCCCGCCUCUCUUUUCUGUUGUGGUCUGAAGCUAGACCAUCUGGCUCAUCUCCAUUAUUAAGUGCAUCAUACAAUGGAGUUUUUAGAGGUGCAAUCUCAUGUUGUACUGGAAAUCCAAGGCUGAAAAUGGAGUUUUAAAAAAUAGACAGGCCUGUUUCUUGUCCUUGGAACUGGGGUGUCCCAGUGUUGCUCUCUGCUGUUGCUCACUGACUAGCCUGAAUCUGACAUUGUUAGUGUUGGUGGGCCUGUUUUCAAAGGGCUGUUGCCUCAAACACUUUCUCAGUCUGCCCACUGUAUUCAAGGGUGCAGAAGCUCUCAGGUUUUCUGGAACUAUGGAAUUCCUGAGGACAUAGUCUUCAACAAAGGUCCACAAUUCACAUCAAGGUUCUGGAGGGCAUGCUCCAUCUUAUCGACUUAUGACUGGGUGUAGCUCUCCAUAUGCGAUCUGUGUCUUCAUCAUCAUAAAACUGCACCCUGAUUCACUGGCUCCUUUAAGAUUAUUAAGUAAAUAAUUCAUUAUUUUUAAGAUACAGUUGCCUUUUUCCUUUUGUAUCUCGCCUUGCUUUCAUAUUUUCCUUUCCAGGCUAGCGGUUCCUGGUCCACUAACUGAGAUGUUCCCCCAAGAGUGUCUUCCUUAUCUAUGUCAGUGGCUGUCCUGCCUGUACUAUCUGCCUCCCCUGGACUCUUGUGGUAUUUGGUGGACUGGGAGGGGUAUGGUCCUGAGGAGUGGUGCUACAUCCCAGCUCAGAAUAUUUUGCACCCUAGUUUCAUUACAGAGAUUCAGGAAUGCUGCCCUGAGGGGCACUUGAGGGCUCACCCCAAUAUGGAUUGGGACAGCUGGAAACACUCCUGGAACACAUUUGAGAAGACCAUUGAGUAAUUAGA